AUGCCGUUUCCGAAGCACCCGGUGGAGACAUUUGCGUGUAUCUGGAGACACUGUGGAGUCAACAGAUCUCGGUUCGACAAGUCCUUGAACAGUCCCAUCCUUGCACAGCAAGCCUGGCAAGGAGUCAACGUGAACCGUCGCCCCGUUCGCCAGUUCUGGAACCCCAAGGUUGCCCCAGUUGCCAGUCUCGGCAGACACAAGACAGAAUCCACUCUCGAUCUCAUCGUUGACCUGACGUCACAACGACUCAGCCAACCCCCUUCUGCCUUGCAGGCCUUGCAGAACCGCUGCCCGCGCCCCGCGAGCAAUCAGAAAACCUCUGCCCGCGUGUAUCGACCAAGGGGUGCACCGAGAGAAACGCACUCACGCGCACUCGACAGCAACACCGAACACCGUCCCUCCUCACACCUCACUUUCUCUCUCAACCGCCGCCCAGACUCUCUGAAGCAAGCAAGCAAGCAGGUCGGUCGAUCGAUCCUCAGGUGGGUUGCCGGCUCUCCAUUCCUUUACAGCUGGCGGUCCUGGCCUCGCUUCCCUUCCCUCCCCUUUCCCCUCUCUUUGAAAGCAAGGCCUAGCUGA